AUAAAGAUGAUGAUAAUGAUGUUUAAUGUGAGUGGUGUGUAAAACUUUUGAAAAUGUUUGCUGAAAGACGUCUAGCUUUUCCAUUAUUAAGUUCUAAUUAGUUUACGAAUAGAAAAAAAUCUUAUUGGAAUAUUGUAUAAUACAAAAUAAAAUAUAAUAUAAUUGUGAUAUUAUAUUAUUUUCAAUGUGACAUUUAAUGGUCAUAACCUCAGAAUAUUAAUACAUUCAAUAAAUUUAAAUCUUAAGUUUAAUUUUUAAGUGUUAAUUAUGGCUAUUGUUAGAAUUGUAAAUGCAGAUUUUUACAUGAGUCCCCCUAUUUCUAAUCUUGAUGUUACGUAUUCCGAAUUUCGGGGUUCUUCUGUGAAACAAGUACCGGUGAUACGAAUAUUUGGUUCUACAAAUACAGGUGAUAAGACGUGCCUUCAUAUUCAUGGAGCUUUUCCAUAUAUUUAUGUUCCAUAUGAUGAUUCUGACAAGGAAGAUGUAAUCAUGUAUCAAAUGGCAUCUGGCCUUGAUAAAGCAAUUAAUAUAAGUUUUGGACAAGCAAGCUCUAAUGCUCAACAUAUUUAUAAAAUAGUUUUAGUCUCUGGAAGACCUAUGUAUGGAUAUCAUGCAAGAGAACAUCAGUUUCUAAAAAUUUUCUUUUAUAAUCCUCUACUAGUAAAAAGGGCUUCUAUGCUUUUGCAGAAUGGUAGUGUAAUGAGUAAAAUAUUUCAACCUCAUGAGGCUCAUUUGCCUUUUGUUUUACAAUUCAUGAUAGACUACAAUUUACAUGGCAUGAGUUUUGUUUAUGUUUCAAAAGUAUUUUAUCGACAAGGUUCAAUUUGCCAGAUUAAUGAUGUAGAUUCAGAGAGUUUUUUGCCUUCUUCAGUUUUAAAAAUAAGUACAUGUCAGUUAGAAAUAGACACCCUUUCGAUCUAUAUAGAAAAUAGACUUGAAAUAGUAAAUGGUAACUUGGCUUCAAAUCCAGGCAUAAUGUCACUGUGGAAUGACGAAAAACAGAGACGUAGAAACAAACAGCAAAGUUCACAAAUGAGUAAUUGUCUAACUCAAAAUCGUAAAAAUGUAAAACAAACAGAAUCACAUUUUAACUAUCUUAAAAUACUCGUUCAGAAAAUUAAGUCAUUUUCAGCGGAUAUAGAUUCCAAUAGUAGCUCUGAAAGUAAUAAUUCUGUUUAUCCUGCCGAAAAACCUAAAAACAAAGACCUAUUAAAUGCCUCUACUACCCUAUGUCACAUAUCUGCUUCACUAACUCUCUCGUGCACCAACACCGUGCAAAAUAAGUUAGAAGAAACCUGCAAUGAUGCUGAAAACCCAAACGAUAGCAUAUUUUUAGACCCUGAUGCUCAAAAGUUUUUACAAGUGUUGAAAAAUUUAAAUAAAGACGAAGAAAGCGAUGAAGAGGACAGUGUCUUAUCUCAGAAAAUUCAAUCGAUAGAAGAAGACGUCGAAUUUGAUUUAAGUUUGUCUUUACAGAAUGUAUUAGACGACUUCCAAUUAUCAUCUUGGGAAAUUGAUAGAAAGGACGAUGGUAAUGAAAAUAUCGAAAGCAUUCCUCAGUUAGACGGAGCAGGUGAGGUUUCAAACAAUAAGAAAAAGAAGAUAAACCAAAGUAUUAAAACUGUUCGAAAAGUUAAAAGAAAACUUGCAAAGAAACAGAUUGAAAAUAAAAAUUCACAAACUCUUCAAGAAGAGACUCUCAAACAUUUUCUUUCUAAACCAGUUAAAUUACACGUUGAAGGUAGUACAGAAAAUGUUGAAUCUUCUGUGAAUUUUCCAUCUGACUUAACACUCCAGAAUAGUAAUGAAAACGAGGAAAAAGACAUCUUGUAUACUCACACGUUAGAAAAUAAUGAAAAUGAUCAUACGGAUUUAUCUAAUAAGUUAAAUUUUCUUUUAAAUAUAUAUAAACCUUCAAAAAAAUCUAUAAGAUCGCCAAAGAAGAGUCAGAUAAACUAUAUUGGAAUGUAUGCUAAUAAUAAUUCUUUAUUACACUGUGACUGCAAGAAUGAAAUAGUAAAAGCACCUAUGAAAAAGAGGAAAUACACAAAACAGAUCAAGAAGAUUGUUUCAAAAUUAACCACCAAUGAAGAAGACACUAGUAAAAGUACAAUCACUAACGAUCAAACAUACCCCAAUACUAUUUGGUCUAAUUACAACGAAAGUUUUCCAGAAACAGAAAACAUUAUGACAGUAAAAGUAUGUGUUCCUCCUGAAUAUGGAAACAGUGCUCUUUUAAAAGUUCCAAUAGUCGAUAAAUCGCCAUCUCAAAAUCCUACCACCUUAGACAUGCCAGACCUAAAUGAUAUUUUAGAACUAGAUAAUAAUGACAACUCUACCAGUAAAAAUAUAAAUAACGAGUAUAUUGAUUUGAUAAAAGAAAUAGAUGCCAUUCUUGAAGGAACAUCGAAAAUUUCCUCUAAGGAAAAUAAUAGUAAUGGAGAAGAAAAUUUAAAUCAUAAAGGGGUAGAUAAGAUUAGAGAUACUGUUUUUGAAACAGAUAAUAAUUUAAAAAGCAUAGAAAAUCCAGUAGACAUGUAUGACGAUUUUGGUAAUGUGUACAGAUAUCCAUUUCCGUUGGAUUCAAAUGAAAAUAUCGAAUACCACAACGGUUUUAGUAACUUAUUGACGGACAAUUCGGUAAACAGUAACAAAAACGAAAUUUCAGAAAAAGCUAGUUCAGAAACGAAUUUAAAUGAGUCAACUUCAUUACCCGAAUUUAUUUUUAAAGAUAGUCCCGUUAGUGUGGAAGCCGAAGUUAAUACUGAAACUUCAAUUACUAACGUUUUAGAUACUAAUAAAACGUCUACUAAAGAAGCGGUUUCUCACCCCGAGGAAGGAAUCUCUGCUGAAACCAAAAGUGCCAAAGAAAGGAAUCAUAAGUCGAAAAAAGUUCCUUUAAGCGUGUUAUUUUCUAAUUACCAAUACAUAAUUAGUCGACUGGACCUACCAGAAACUCAGCAGUUUCUUGAUUAUUUGCAAUCGAGAAUAGAGAAACGAUUUUAUAAGUCCAUCAGUCAAAUUAAAAACAGUCCUCAUGGAAAGUAUAUUAAAUUACCAAAUUUUAAACGUUGUAAACAUGGUGUGUAUAACGUUAAAAAGAAAGUUAAGAAGAAUCUCGAAAGAAGAUGUACUACGAAAAAGAACUGCAAUUCUAACGAAUUAGUUAUAAAGAGUUUGGAUGGUGCUUGGGAUAGUUCAUCAGACGAAGAAAGCACAAAAAAGAAAAACCCGAAAUGUAAAAGACAUCCUCGGACUCCAAAAUAUUCACCUCUUACGGUAGUAAUUAAUUCUCCUCUUAAAUCCAUACACAAAAUUUCGAAAACACCAGAAGAUGAUUCUGAACAAGUGAUUUCUUCUAAAACCAAUUGUGCCACUACGAAAAAUAAGAAAUUGUCACAAAAUCUAGAACAGACUUAUAGCGAGGAACAUUUGGAAUGUCGCUAUAGUCUUUGUAAUAAAAAAGGGAGAAUACCAAAUGUUUUGGAAUCCAGUAAUAAAGAAAAUUCAAAUCAGAAAAUUACUUCUUCUAAAUUAGGAUCAACAAAGUUGUCUCAUAAUUCUUCGUCACAUAUUAAAAAAGAAAUAAGAAAUAAAACUGUUCCAGACAAAUCCGGGAAAAAUACUAUUGCUGUAGGAACUAAUAAUAGAAUAUUUUGUGACAAUGUCAAUGAUAACAUCAAACAUAAAGAUUUGGAGGACAAUUCUGCAAAUGAGAUUGUAGAAUCCAUCGAAUUAGUUGAAAAUAUUGUUAGUGACAAUGUUUUAAACAAUUCCACACUUUAUGAUAAGCAAAACAAUUACGAACCUGUAGCAGGAACUUCAGAUAAUCUUAAUAAUUCAUUUGACUACUUUUCUAAUACAAUUUUAUCCCAAACAAGAGUGUUUUUAGAAGAAGAAGAACUCUUUUCUACUUCUAACACCCUGACGCAUUCAGAAGUUGAUGAAAAUAAAGCGCCUUUUUCGCAGUCUUCGUCAACUUCCUCAAGCAGCAUAACACCAUAUCAAAAACCAUUACAAGACAGUUCAUUUUCGAAAUUUUCGCAACAGUUAAGUCUUUUAGAAUUCGAUAAUACCCGUAACCAACAAAAUAACUUAACACAAGACGAUUGUAAAGUAAUUAUGCCGAAAUUUAAUCCUCCUACUAAUCAAAUGGUUCUUUCUUCCAUGCAAGAAUUUAAUAUUCCUUUAAUGAGGCACCAAGAGCCUUACUAUAGCAACAUUUUUGAUGUUACUGGUACUGUUGAAGUAGGCCAUAAUUCGUUGAAAAUAUUAAGUAAUAAAUCCUCUGACUUUCCAAUCUUUGAACAUGCAAGCAUGGAACGGGGUUUAGAAUUUUUCAGGAAAAAUGCGAGUUCUUCCUUAGUGAAAGGAAUUACAGUAAAAGAUUUUUCUAAAAUAAAAUUAUCACUUUGCACGUACGAGGAUUGCCUAGUAACCCCAGCAAAGUUGCCACCUACCAGAAAAGAAGUAGAAAAUUGGCUAAAAAAUCAAAAAGAUAAGGUAAACAACAUUACCCCAAAAAAGAAGAAGAAAAAGGUUUUGGUACCCUGUAGCCCUGAUAAUGAAAAUGACAGUCAAGAUGAAUCGUUGACACUGACCCCUAACACACCACUUGAAUUGAGAAUGGAAGACCUUAAUCAAGCCUCAAACGCAUUUGAAAUUGAAAACGAGAUGACUCCAAAGAACAUGGAAAAUAAAAAAAGAAGUCUUAGCCUCUCUUUAGAUCAAAAAUCAAAGAAACGUAUAGAAAAGAGUAAACUUAUUGACAAAUUUAAAGAUAAAACUGAACAUAUUCAAGAAACAACUAAUGAGAAAUCAUUGGAAUCUACUAAGGAAUUUCAGUCGUCAGAUGAUUUCAGAAAAACUUUAUUACGAAAUCAGUCUUUAAAUUUUGCUGAUUCUCGUCAAAUUUCAAAUGCCACAUUAAACAACACAUUUGGGUUCAAAAUGUCGUUAGAAAAUCUUCAAAAAGCACGCGCUGUUGCAGAACAUCAAUUUAUAACGCUACUUGCUAUGGAGUUACACACAAAAACUCGUGGCGACUUUAAACCGAAUCCCGAAUAUGAUCCAAUAAGGGCAAUUUUUUACACAAUAUUCAAUGACGUGCCUGAUCAAAAUAAACGAAUAACGACAGGAAUAAUAGCCGUAAAAGUGGAGAAUAAUCUCAGAAAUCGAAUAGAGUUAUUAGAGCAAAAUGUUACCAUAAAACAUGUCGAUACUGAACAAGAUCUUAUUAACGACUUCGCUGAUCUCGUUAGAACAACAGAUCCUGACAUAGUUGCCGGUUAUGAAAUAGAAAUGCAAUCUUGGGGUUACUUAUUUGAAAGAAGUUACAAACUUAACAUCAACCUUAGGCCCUUGCUAUCACGAUCUUCUCUUGAACUUAAACAUUCUGAUGAUGAACAACAAACAGAAUUGAAUUUAACAGGAAGAAUUGUUUUAGAUGUCUGGAGACUAUUAAGACAUGAAAUAGCACUUCAAAGUUACUCUUUCGAAAACGUUCUAUACCAUGUAAUGCACAGAAGAGUUCCUAAAUUUUGCUACAAAGAUCUUACAUUCUGGUGGGAACAUAAAUCAUCCCUUUUCUAUAAGAGAACUAUAGAUCAUUAUUUGUACCGGGUACGAGGAAUGUUGGACAUUUUGGAGCAACUUGAUAUUGUAGGAAGAACUAGUGAAUUGGCAAGACUUUUUGGCAUCCAAUUUUAUGAAGUUUUGUCGCGUGGAUCUCAGUUUCGUGUAGAAUCUAUGAUGUUGAGACUGGCAAAACCCCUUAACUAUAUUGCUGUGUCUCCCAGUGUUCAACAAAGAGCGAAAAUGAAUGCCCCGGAGUAUUUACCGCUUAUUCUGGAGCCUCAAUCCAGAUACUACGCCGACCCUGUUAUAGUAUUGGACUUUCAGAGUUUAUAUCCGUCCAUGAUAAUUGCUUAUAAUUACUGUUUUUCGACCUGUUUGGGAAAAGUUGAACGAUUGGGUAAAAAUAUACCAUUUGAAUUUGGGGCAACACAAUUAAAACUAUCUAGAAACAGGCUUAAAAAGUUGGUGAAAAAUGACGCCCUUAACAUUUCACCAUGUGGAGCGGCUUUUGUUAAAGAAUGCGUAAGGGAAGGUAUACUUCCUAGAAUGUUAAGAGAAAUCUUAGAUACAAGACUAAUGGUUAAAAAGUCGAUAAAAGAAAAUGCUGGUGAUAAAACGUUACAGAGAGUGCUUCACAAUAGACAACUCGGUCUAAAAUUGAUAGCCAACGUUACCUACGGUUACACUGCGGCCAAUUUUAGUGGACGCAUGCCGUCCGUCGAAGUAGGAGACAGUGUUGUCAGCAAAGGACGAGAAACACUGUUAAGGGCCAUAAAAUUAAUCCAAAGUGUUCCCGAAUGGGGAGCAAAAGUAAUUUACGGGGAUACAGAUUCAAUUUUUGUUCUCACACCAGGCCGAAGUAAGAAAGAUGCAUUUAGAAUAGGAACGGAAAUUGCCGAUGCAGUUACCAAUGACAAUCCGAGCCCUGUUAAGUUGAAGUUAGAGAAGGUAUUUCAACCGUGCAUAUUACAAACGAAAAAACGAUAUGUUGGUUAUAUGUACGAAUCACCAGACCAGAAAGAACCUGAACUUUGUUCAAAAGGUAUUGAAACCAUACGUCGAGAUGGUUGUCCAGCAGUUUCAAAGAUUCUAGAAAAAUGCUUAAAAAUCCUGUUCGACACUCAGGAUGUGAGCCUAGUUCGUCAGUAUGUUGUAAGACAAUUCGUCAAACUGUUUUCUGGACGUGUAAGCCUUCAGGAUUUGACUUUUGCUAAAGAAUACAGAGGUGAAGGGGGUUACAGACCUGGUGCUUGCGUGCCCGCCUUGGAGCUUGCUAAAAAGUGGAAAACUAUAGAUAAACGUAACGAACCUAGACGCAAAGAGCGUGUACCGUACGUAAUUAUCAACGGUCCCCCGGGACUUCCCCUAAUAAAACUUGUCCGCUGCCCACGUGAGCUUUUAGCCGAUUCCAACUUACGUAUAAACGCUUUAUAUUACAUUACCCACGCCAUUAUCCCUCCUUUAAAUAGGUGUUUAAAUUUAAUUGGAGCAGAUGUUAAUAUUUGGUUUAAGGAAAUGCCACGAAAGCAGGUUCUGUAUCUUCCUACUUUUUUCAAGCAGGUUCCUAAGAAGAGCACAAUCUCACAGUAUUUUUUUACCACCACUUGUGUUAGUUGUGGUGCGCAUGCUCAGAAUGGACUGUGUGACAAGUGCUUGAGUUAUCCGACUGAGACUAUGGUUGUUUUGCAAGAGAAAUUGAGAAAUUGGGAAAAGAAUUACCAAGAAACAUUACUGAUUUGCCAGUCAUGCUGUAAAAGGUACGAUGGUAACGAAUGUAUCUCCCUAGACUGUCCUAUUCUUUAUAGAUUAAAUCAAACACAUAAAGACUUACAACAGGCUCCGUUUGUACGGCAACUUGUUUCAAAGUCAUUUGAUAACGAUAGUUGUGAUUUUUAGUAUU